AUGGCAAAAAGAGUUGCAGUUAUUGGAGCAGGGGCCAGUGGCCUAACAGCCCUUAAAUGCUGUUUAGAUGAAGGACUCCAGCCAACAUGUUUUGAGAGAAGUGAAGACAUCGGGGGACUGUGGCGGUUCCAGGAGUGUGAUACGGAUUGGAAAGCUAGUAUUUAUAAAUCUGUGACCAUUAACACUUCCAAGGAAAUGAUGGGUUACAGCGAUUUCCCCAUCCCAGAGGACUACCCCAACUACAUGCACAACAGCAAAGUCAUGGACUACUUCAGAAUGUACACCAAACAUUUUGAUCUUCUCCAAUACAUACGCUUUCAGACAAGCGUGCUCAGUAUAAGAAAAUGCUCCGAUUUUUCCACCACUGGCCAGUGGGAUGUUGUCACAGAGACAGACGGGAAGCAGAAUUCGGCCAUCUUCGAUGCCAUUUUGGUUUGCACUGGCCACCACAUAGAUCCUUACUUACCCCUGGAAUGCUUCCCAGGUGUAGAGAAGUUUAAAGGAAAAAUAAUGCACAGCCGGGAAUACAAGUAUCCAGAAGAAUUUCGGGACAAGAGAAUGGUUGUGGUUGGCUUGGGAAAUUCUGGAGUAGAUAUUAGUUUGGAUCUCAGUCACACAACCAAACAGGUAUUUCUCAGCACCAGGACAGGCGCCUGGGUGGUGAAUCGCGUCUCUGACGACGGCUUCCCCCUCGACGUGGUACACUUCACACGCUUUAAAAAUAUGCUGCGCCACAUCAUCCCUUUGUACCUGAUGAACCGGUGGGGGGAGAACAAGCUGAAUGCCAGGUUUAACCAUGAAAACUAUGGACUGAAACCUCAAUUCAGGUUUCUCAGCAAGUACCCGAUCGUAGGGGAUGACCUGCCCAAUGCCAUCAUUUCUGGCCGGGUGCUGAUGAAGCCCAACGUGAAGGAGUUCACCGACACAGCUGUGAUUUUUGAGGACGGGAGCCGGGAGGAGAACAUCGACAUCGUGCUCUUUGCUACAGGAUACAACUUCUCCUUCCCCUUCUUGGAGGAGAAUGUCCUCAGAGUCAACAACAACCGUGUCCCCCUGUAUAAGUUCGUCUUCCCUCCACACCUGGAGAAGCCUACACUGGCUAUCAUCGGGCUCCUCCAGCCACUGGGGGCCAUCAUGCCCAUUGCGGAGCUUCAAGCUCGCUGGGCCACCAGGGUCUUUAAGGGUCUGCUUCAGUUACCUUCACUAGAUGACAUGAUGGCCGACAUUGCCAAGAAGAUAAAGGAGAAUGAGAAACGGUACAUUCCGAGCCAGCACAUUACCCUGCAGGUGCAGUACGUUGAUCAUGUGGAUGAACUCGCCUCCCUAUUGAGUGUGAAACCCAACCUGCUGUUUCUCUUCCUGACGGAUCCGAAGCUGGCCCUGGAAGUGUUCUUUGGCCCAUGCACACCAGCCCAGUUCCGUCUGACUGGACCGGGGAAGUGGGAUGGUGCUAGGAAUAGCAUCCUGACCCAGAGACAGCGCAUCAUAAGGGCCACAAAAACUCGGGCUCUGAAAACCCACUCUGAGAACGACAGCUGCCUGGUCUCCUCUCUGUGCAUUAAAAUAAUGGGCCUGUUCGUUUUUAUUGCUGCCAUUUGUGCUUAUUUUUAA